AUGAGUGGAUCUAGCAGUCAGCCUGGCUCAGCGCCAGUGUUCAAGCUCAGCGCGGUUCUUGAGGGACACACUGGCGAUGUUCGAGCUGUCCUUCUUCCUGACCCUUCCUUCGCCAUAACCGCUUCACGCGAUGGUUCAACCCGCGUGUGGAAACGCACCUCCGAAUCUCCCCCUCUGUACGAUUCCAUGGAAUCAUCGCAUGGGGCCCAAUUCAAGACCUGCCUCGCAUAUGUCCCACCAUCCAAGGAGUUCGCAGAUGGCUUAAUACUAUCAUCUGGUCAGGAUGCACUGAUUGAAGCUCGACAGCCCGCAUUGACAGCAGAUGUCAAUGCCGACGCCAUCAUGGUGGGACAUGCCAACCAGGUCUGCUCACUGGAUGUCUGUGCUUCUUCGAACUACUUUGUGAGUGGAAGCUGGGACAGUACGGCAAAGGUCUGGGAAGUUGGCAGAUGGGAAGCCGCAGUUGAGCUACACGGACAUACCGCUACAGUAUGGGCAGUUCUAGCAUACAGCCGAGACACGAUUGUUACGGGUUGUGCAGAUCGAGCAAUCAGAGUCUUCGACCUCCGAGGGAAACUGCUGCGGUCAUGGGAUGGAAAGGACAUCGUCCGCGCGCUAGCAAAACUCCCCAAGGACCACCCCAGUGGAGCAGAGAUUGUAUCUGCAACCAACGACGGCGUCAUUCGUUUAUGGACCCUGAGAGGCGAACUCAUCGCUGAGCUAUUUGGCCAUGAGUCUUAUAUCUACUCAUUAUCCGUCUUACCAUCAGGCGAUAUCAUCAGCUCUGGAGAAGAUCGGUCUGUUCGUGUGUGGCAAGGUACCAACUGUGUCCAGGUCAUCACUCUCCCAGCACUCUCGGUCUGGUCUGUGUCUGUCGGACAGAAUGGUGACAUAAUCGUUGGAUCAAGCGACAAAAUGGCCAGAAUUUUCACUAGAGAAUCUGAAAGACUCGCAGAUGCAGAGGGUUUGGCUGCAUUCGAAGAGUCUCUAUCAGCAUCUAGCAUCCCUACGCAGCAGAUGGGCGAUUUCAACAUGACUGAUCUUCCAGGCGAAGAUUUCCUGCAACGCAAAUCCGGCACCAAAGAGGGACAAAGUCAGAUCAUCAAAGCAGCUGACGGAAGUAAAGUUCUCUACCAAUGGUCAAUGUCUCAAAACGCAUGGAUUGCCAUUGGCCAAGUUGUGGACUCAUCAGGAGCCUCGAGUGGAAACAAGCCCACUCACAAUAUGAAACAGUACGACUAUGUGUUUGACAUUGACAUCGAAGAUGGCAAACCUCCCCUUAAACUACCCUUCAAUGUCACUCAAAAUCCUUACGACGCCGCCACCAAGUUUUUGCAGGACCACGAGCUCCCAAUGUCGUAUCUGGAAGAGACUGCCAACUUUAUCAUCAAGAACACACAGGGCGUCACAUUGGGUCCUUCGCAAGGACAGCAACAACAACCGGCUGGUGCUGAUCCUUGGGGGACAGAACAACGAUAUAGACCCGGUGAACCUCCCACUUCGUCGUAUCGAGCACCCCCACAAGCAUCUGCCCAGAAGUCGUUACCACAGAAGCAGUACUUAGCUAUCGUGAUGGGUAAACCAUCUGCUGCAUUGGGUCAGAUUGUGAAGCGAAACAACGAAUACUCCGACCCUUACGAAAAGCUCUCAGUUGCUGAGCUGGAGAGUUUGACCUCGUUAUCUCAGCAGCUUGAGAAAUACAAUUUCCAAGCAAAACCGUCCUUACCCACUUCACCCGCCCUCAAAUCUGGCGUGGAGGCGCUCCUCAAGGUCGUCACACAAUGGCAACCUCCUUCCAACCGUCUUGCUGGUCUUGACCUCUUGCGGUUCAUCGCUGUGGCCGCCUACGACUUCCCGGAUAUCGUUUACCUGGGUCAUGACGCCGUGGGUAAUGUCCUCGGUAGCGGCAUCUUCGACCCAGACUUCAUCCGCUCGAAUAAUAAGCCUGCUAUGGUAGCAGCUCGUUUCCUCUCAAAUGCUCUGUACGGCUCUCCUGGUGCACGAGCAAUGGUCCAAAUUCACAUCGACGACAUCAUUGCGCGCGCGAAGCCAUUGAAAUCACCCGCCGCUUCUGACACCGCCGUUGCCAUUGCACUGUCUACGCUCUACAUGAACCUCGCAGUUGUCCUUACAACAGACAAGACAGCCGACGCAGACACCUACGCCAGCUACGGCCUGGAACUUCUUGAGGAGCUAACAGCACUUCUGAAAUCCUGCCCAGCAGUUGACCAUUCUGCAAAUGCCAACCCCUCUGCACAAUCAACUGAGCCAGCUUACCGAGCUCUUGUGGCACUGGGCACCGUGAUCGUCGGCUUAGACAGAGAUGAUUUGAACAACGCAGCCAAGGAGAUCUUGGGAGUUCCUGGCUUGCUGAAUGAUCUGAAGGCAAAAAAGUACCUGGAAGAGCCAAGGUUCAGACAAGUGGCCAUGGAGCUCAUCGAGGCAUUGCGCUAA